AUGACGACGGAACAAGGGUCAAACUUUUCGAGUCGUACCUGGUCGAGCCACCCAAGACCGGAGAUAUACACCGGUCGGAGAGGCGAUUUCCGUUCAGUGGAAGAACUAGCUCCCGUCUUCAGGGGCGUGUUCCACGAAUUUACGCAGUUCAACGAGAUCCAAUCGCUGGUCAUGGACGAUAUGCUGUACACGGACAAAUCGCUGGUGGUCAGCGCUCCGACGGGUUCGGGUAAGACGGCCAUCUUCGAACUGGCCAUGGUCCGGCUGUUGAUGAAGAUGGAAGAUGACAAAUAUGAUGGGGACUUCCGGAUGAUCUACAUCGCUCCGAUAAAGGCUCUCUGUACGGAGAAGUUCAACGAUUGGAAGGGGAAGUUCGAUCGGUUGGGGAUACGAAGUGCUGAGGUGACCGGCGAUACUGAGUUGAGAGAUUUUUGGGACCUGCCGGAUUGUAAUUUGAUUCUGACUACGCCGGAAAAGUGGAACUCAAUUACCCGACGGUGGAGGCAGAAUGUGAAUUUUGUCCGGCUGAUCAAGCUGGUCAUGAUCGAUGAGGUCCACAUUUUAAACGACCAGUACCGAGGACCGGUGCUGGAAGCGGUGGUUUCCCGGAUGAGAGGUAUCCACAGGUUUAUCGGUUCGGAUGGAGGGGAGUCGGUGGAACCGAUGCGGAUCAUAGCACUGUCGGCUACGGCUCCGAACGUAGCCGAUCUGGCUGCGUGGGUCGGGGAUGGCAGUAUGACUUGUUUCUAUAACAUCUCCGAAUCCCGCCGUCCGAUCAAGAUCGACAAACACGUGCUCGGGUACAAUUGCGACCCGAACACGACGCCCUAUCGGUUCGAUCUGAACUUGAAUUACAAACUGUUCGAAGUCAUCGCCAAAUACUCGAGCGGUCGUCCAUCGCUUAUAUUCUGCAGUACCAGGAAGGCGACGGAGACUGCUUCGAAUCAUCUGGUGGAACACCAUUCUCUUCGCUUGACACCGGACCAGAAAGCCGCUCUGCAGAACAUUGCCGAUCAACUGCAGAAUGGCGAACUGAGGCGACGCGUGCUGGUCGGAAUUGCCUACCAUCAUGCCGGGUUGAGCUUCGCCGAUCGGCAGCUGAUCGAAGACUCGUUUCGAGCCGGUCGCAUUCCGGUUUUGUGCUGCACCAGUGGUCUCGCCAUGGGAGUCAACCUCCCGGCGCACUUGGUGGUCAUCAAAUCAACGCAGAUGUACACCGAUUACGGGAUGGAGGAGUACCCGGAAAGUAGCAUCUUCCAGAUGAUUGGCCGCGCUGGGCGGCCCCAGUUCGACACAUUCGGAGUGGCAGUCAUCAUGACCCAGAGGGAAAAUGUGCAAAUGUACCAACGACUUGCCACCGGAUCGGUUCCGAUCGAGUCCUACCUGCACGAGCAUUUGGCCGAGCACCUAAACUCGGAGAUUGUACUGCAAACCAUAACGGACCUGGGCAGUGCUAUGGACUGGAUCCGGUCGACCUUUCUCUACGUCCGGGCACUGGUUGCUCCCGCGUGCUACGGACUACCGCCAAACCUGGACAAGUCGCAGAUCGAGCAGAAACUGGAAGAACUCUGUCUCGCCGAACUGAAUGCCCUGGGGAAGUACUCCCUAAUUGUGAUGAACGCGAAAGAUCAAGGUGCUGCAGCCGGUGGAAUGACGAUUAGUUCCACUCUCUAUGGACGGUUGAUGGCGCAGUACUGUUUGAACUUUCGCACCGUGAAACUACUGAGGAAGAUCAAAGGCACCGAACCGCUGCUGGAGAUGUUCACCCUUCUGACCUAUUGCGACGAGUUCGCCGUCUUCAAGUGCCGCAACAGUGCCAAACGAACGCUGAAUGAACUGAACCGCUCGAAGACGUGCAACACCAUCCGGUUCCCGUUACGGGGCCGUAUCCAAACGACCACGGCAAUGGCAUCCUGUCUGAUACAAGCCGUAUUCGGUAAUCUACCGAUCGAAGACGGUUCCCUGCAGCAGGAAGCUACCAAGAUGAUCAACGUUGGCCGACGGCUGAUCAAGUGUAUGGCGGAGUUUAUCUACGUGGGUCAAAUGGGGCGAGAGGAUGAAGAAGGGCCCGGUGUCUAUCAGGCUCUGUUGAGUACGUUGAUCUUGGGUCAAUGUUUGGAGACGAAGCUGUGGGAGAAUAGUCCCUACAUUACGAAGCAGCUGAAGGGGAUUGGGGCUGUGUAUGCCGGUCAGUUGGCAGCGCGUGGGAAGAUUUCCUUCCAGGAGCUGAUGGAUACCGAUCCGAGGGAGUUGGAAGUGAUUUUGAAGAAAAAUCCACCCUUCGGAAGUGAUCUGACUGAUUUUGUUAGGACAUUACCCAUCUUCUCAAUCGAUCUAGUUUUGAAGCAAGACUACGUACUGGAGGUAACGGUUGUUCAGAAGAACAACUGCUACAACAAGCAGUUGGCCGUUAGAAUUUCGAUUCUAGUCGGUGACUCCAACAACAAUGUUCUGUUCUUUAAGGAAAAUUGUGACGCAAAUCCGGGUGGCAGCUGUCGCUAUCAGGAGUCGUUUAAAAUCACGGAUGCCACCGUAGCGAGCGCUACGGGGCAUGUGAUUUGCUUCAACUGGACCGGGUUGGAUUGUACGAGGACGAUUGUUAUCAACGAGGAAACUGCAUCAUCCUUGGUACCGGAGAAGCAACGCACUCGGAAGGUGAAUAAUGAUACUGCUUCGAAGAAGAUUACUGAGUUCUACAGGAAGGAGGAUCCCAAAGCGGCGGAGGUUGGUGGAAAUGAUCGCAAGGUCGACAGAGCUUCCAACGAGAAUACGAAGAAAAUCGCUGAAGUUAUCCAGAUCGAGGACAGUCCCAAGAGAGAUUUCCUUGAGUCGUUCCGUUUCACUCAGAAACCGAAGCUUAACAUCGAUAAAGAGAAUGACGGCAGCUUCGGGUUGGUUAGAGCUUCUAGUCUUAAACAGCAGAAUUCGAAUGAUUCAGGGUACGUUUCGCUCCAAUCUUUGAAUUCGAUGAAUCAAUCAACUCAAACGGAGCAUACAGAAAGUAUCCGUGCUCAUGAAUCCUUCGAUUUUACUGUACUUGGAAGUCAGUGCAAGCGUCGCAAAAUGAACGAAACAGUUGUAUCAGACCCUCUGAAAACCAACCAAGCUGCAGUUGAAUUGGAGAUCAAGACUCACGACGUAGAUGAUUCACCCGAACAACCGAAGAAACUGAAUUUCUUCAGCCAACCGAAUCGCUUGGAGCAACAAACAACCGCCCAUUCUCCACUCAAUCUAGCCCCUUUCAUCCCUGACAGCACUCCGCGGUACAAACCGUCCAAUCGGAUGCAAUAUUUUACCGAAAUGCAUCGCAAGAAUCCCUUCAUGCUGUUUGGUCGCCCGCAAGACUUCGCAGCACAGCAGGAACGGCAGAGGAGCUCCGUUCGUAGAAUUUGUCUCUUUGGAGUCUUCUCGGAAAUGCCGAGAAAUCGAAAUGAAUCGCUUUCAGUGGCGUCAAUGGCAGCAGGCAACAAUGCGGAGGAGAGGAAGGUAUUUCGUUCCAUGUACAGCGUCGACGGGGACAACAAUGGGCUGUUUUACCGGAAGAACUACCACCAUUCGAGGCAGGGGCGCCGGGAGCUGGAUUUAGGAAUCGACGAAUUCCUAUCAUCAUCCACCGAACAGCAAGCAUCGCAAAAGGAGAAUUUCUUUCUUGGGUAAGUAAACUCAACCCCACAUACUUUGAACUUCCUC